GCAAAGGGAGGAAAGGGAGGAGGGAGGCUCGCACAAUGGAGACCGCCGGCUUUAUCGCCCUCUUCUCCCACUCUUGCCACACUUCCUCCCGUCACAGACUCACCGGCCAGCGCCAGAACUGUAUAUUCUGUAUAUUGUCCGCCAAAAUUGGCAUUCACAAUGGAUUCUACCGCCUAAUUGCCCCCCAUACGCCGCCCAUUUUACCAUGACUGCAACCCUGGAGAGGAGCCUCUCGCGGGCAUCGAGUAUGUCGAUACCAGUAUCGAGCCCGCUCCUCUCUGUCCACCACGACCUAACGCCGCCUGCCAUGUCCGAUCCGGGUAUGUUGCACCUCCACGACCGCAUAACGUUUCUGGACUCGCGGAUCAGCGAGCUACGGUCGACUGUCCUGACGAGAGAUGGCUACAUCGAUCGCCGGAACCGGGAAGACGAUUACAUUCGACGGGAAUUCGUUGCCCAGAGGACCAUAACCGAGCGUAUCGAUGUGAAUGUGACGUUGCUGAAGACGGACGUCAACCAGCUCAAGUCGGGGGUGUCGAAGUUAAAGUACGAUCUUGGUUCUUUAGGCACAGAUACCGCCUUCUUGCGCACCGAUGUCGACCGUCUUCAAAACAACGUCCAACAAGUUCAAGCCGAGUUGGAGGCACUGCAAACAGAGGUUGGAGGAUGUCGUACGGAGAUCAAACAGCUGCAUACCGCCGUCAACCUCUUUCGAAGCGAGUUGAUGACGCUGCAAGACACGUCGCGUCGUCUGAACAACGCGGCCCAGCGCUUCUCCGUGAUGGAGUCUCGCAUGGCUCAGAUGGAACGCGUGCGAUUUAACUCGUUGGCCAACACAAUUCACGCGCCAAUCAACCCGGUGCCCAAGAUCGAUGAAGAUGGAACACUCCGCUAUCCAGAUUACUUCCCUACCACGGUCUGGAGGUUCUGGUGUUUGAAGAAGCGAAGUCGAGCCCGUCGUCUCGUAGAGCUCGCUGAGUUUUACGAGUUGGAGGGAUUCGAAUACUGGGGUCGCAAUCAUCGAGAAGACUUGACGUCUUAUGAUGACAGCGACUCCAGCGAUUCUAGUGACCGACCCAACAAUCUCACACGUUCCGAAGCAACUUAUCAAUACCCAGAAGCGUGCCAUCAAGCUCUUGCUGCUACCUUGGGAUUGAAUUACUAUAAGAUCCGGAAGGAAGCUGGCGAGGGCCCCAACGCGCAUAUAACGCGUCCGGCCAAGCGGUAUCCCGAUGAAACUGCAUUGAGCAAUCAUUCGGCUGGAAAGCCAAAGCCUGAGAAAAGAGCGCGACGGCCGGGCGAUGUACCGCCAACGGUACUCGAACGACUUAUCACUGGCGUUCCCUCUAUUGUGUCGAAGUCGGUGUCGUCGGAGCAUGAGGAUAAGUUAGCCUGGCGCGCGCCAGGCGGCGGAUCUGAGAUAUCCGACGAGACCAUGUUCAAGCUGAAGGGAAUAUUGUCUGGCGAGGUCGGCGCGAUUUUGCGAGCUAUUGAACGUGGCCGUCUACACGUGCGGUCUGAGCACAUGGACAUUUCGCCGACAGAGUCGAAGCGCGAGGAAGCCGUCAAGGCCGACGACGCCAUGUCGGCGUAUACUGUGCCCACGGAGAUAUUGUCUCCAAGCGAGAAGCUUUUAGAGACGACUAGUCCAUGACCUCACACCUCAUCUACAUCUCGUCCACAUCUACCCAUUUACCCCAUCUACUACAUAUUAUUUUAUUUAGCGAUUCGGCGUUUAACGAUUCACGUGGUGAUACCAUUGCAUUGGAGGAGUUAUGGCUUGUCAGGAUAUUCUGACUGUACAUACCUAUAUAAAAAGGGAUGGGUUGACCGUAUUUUAGUGCGUCUAUCUGUAUAUAGAUAUUAGAUACACUCGACGAUCAAUACAUACCUGCUGCUACUACA